CAGUCCCGACAGAAUUUAAAUGCAAAGGUACUUCAAAAAGCUACCCGAAUUCAAAGAUUCGGAGUUGAGUGCAAUUGAUGGUGGAGGUGAAGAUUUUGAGGUGAUUGCCGACGAUAUUACCUCUGACGACAAGGAGGAGAACGAGGUCAUCGUCAUUGACAGCGACGAUGAUACCUUUGAUCUUGGUAGCGAUGAGGUUGAGUUCCUGGGAGACAGUGAUAUUAAUGAUUCCUUUAGGUCUGAAAUCAUUGGGAUUGAUACUUCUUCGAUGAUCUGCUCACACAUUCACCUCCACAUAGAUAUGCUUAACAUCUUACUACCUACUCCAGAUCCUAACUUUUGGGCUUCAACGUACAAGUAGGGGAGUGACUUUCACCUCCUUUCACUUUACAUAUUUCUUGCCUUGAGUAUCAAUUUAAUUCUUGCCACUGUGAACUUUGUUGAUACAUUGCUGUGAUAAUUGAAAUUUCUUAUGUGCUCUGUAUGUUCUUGUUAUGUGAAUGCUGCCUGUAUGAAUUAUGUUGGAUCCAAUUUCUAUGAUGACUGCAAUUUAUUUUGCAAAGUAUGAGAAUAAUGAAGCUACUGUGAUGAA